AUUUUGUUGAAAAAUUUGUUGUUUGAAUAGAUAAAUCGUAAGUUUUAUCCUUAUUUAUGCAAAUUAUCCAAUAUAAUAAUAUAUUAUCAUAUAUUCGCCAAUCUAGUUUUUCCAAUUUGCAUAUUAAAAACGAACAUGGUCAACCGUAUAAUAAUGCGUUAGUGGUCAGUGAAACAAAGAACGCGCAAUUUAUGUUUUUUCCGGUGUACAAUUAUAUAACAUGAAGAAAGUUGUGUUGUUCAAAAGUGUGUCAGAGGACUACGAAAAUGCUUUCCGGAGUCACAACUACGAGACCGUGUUCGUGGAGCCGCUGCAGUUCGAGUAUCUGAACCUGCAGGAGCUGCGGUACAGGCUGCAGGACAAGUCGUACGACGGCAUCGUGCUCACGAGUCCGCGCGCGGUCGAGGCGGUCUCCAAGUGCUGGGCGCCGUCCAAGUUCGCGUUGUGGAACUCCAAGAGGAUAUACACUGUGGGUGAGGCGAGUGCGCACAAAAUCAAGUUGCUCCUUGGCUUGGAAGCCCUCGGCGCCGCCGCAGGCAACGCUGAGAACUUGGCGACACUCAUAGCUAAAGAAAAUUGUGAAGGAUCAAAAUUCCUUUUCCCCUGUGGCAACUUGAGGUCAGAAAUUUUACCUAACAUUUUACACUCCAAGCAAAUGUCAGUGGAUGCUAUCACAGUUUAUGAGACUAAAGAGAAUGAGAACCUCCGGACAAAUCUACAGGAACUGAACGACACGGUCAAUCCCUGCUGCCUGGUGUUCUUCAGUCCCUCGGGAUGUGAGUACAUUUACAGACAGCUUCAGACGUUCAACAACAAAUUAUCCAAUCUGCCACACUUUGCUAUUGGCAACUCGACAGCUCAUAAAAUUGAAAACCUUGGAGUGGAGAUUGCGGGAGUUGCUGCUAAACCCAAAGCGGAAAGUGUGAUUGAAUCCGUGCAACAAUACUUCCGGACUGCUGAGAAGUGCAGCUAGUGAUGUAACCACUUCACUUAGUGGGUAAACAAAUAACGUUCCACAGCCAAAUAUGAAUAUCAGCCAUAUCAAUUUAUUAUUUAGUACAAAACAGAAUUUGGAUCCAUUAAUCUAUUUGGCAGGCUUUAUAUUAAUGUCAAAAUUAUUAUAUUAUUGUUAUUCUUCACUUUUAUUCUAACCAUCAAGCAAAUUAGUGCUUUAGUUCAGUAGUCCAUCCAGAAACCAAAAUAUUAAAACUAAAUACAUUAUAUUCAAAAAAAAAAUUGGUGACACACUGUUUCAGUACAUAUAUAAGAGCAAAAAAAAGUCUACUUUAUCAAGAUUCCUGCAACUGUUUCAUGGUAAACUAACUAGAAGGAUAUUUCAACAUUAAAGUAGCAAAAAAAAGGGAAAAAUCUUUACAAUAAAUAUUCCCUUUGAAUGUUUAGAACAUUUUAUCAGCUCUACAGUAAAAACAACUAAAAUUAGUCAUUCUUCAUUAAGUAUAUGUAAAAAAGCAGAAUAUUGUUUAAAGUAUAGGAUAUUUUAUGAACUGAUUGCUAGGAGAGUACAUCACAUUGCUACAGCCCACCUUACCUUCACAUAGUUGUACAGUAUUGUAAAGUAUGUUAAAUGCAAAAUAGAAUCUUAGUUACUGUUCUUAGUCAUUCAAUGCUUGCAUAAAUAAAUAGUACAAUACUUAGAUACUUGGAAACUAGGCUCAGACUUGUGUCACCUUUGCUAUGUUAAAGUGAUAUAGCGUUUUAUCUCUGGCAUGAACCUGUCUCAUUUUAACUGAAACUUAAGUCUGAGCAAAGUGAAAGUACACUAUGGCUCUGAGCCUAAAACCAAAGCUGUUGUUGACUAGAAAAAGACAAUUAUUCAUCACAGUUUGACAGCUACUUUGAUAGGUGUUAUUGCUGUAUGGUGGUGGUUAGUUUGUAUAUUUUGUAAUAUAGAACUCGAAUAUGACUAUAGAUGUACAAAGAAUUUUAUAUUAUAUCUAAAUUGAUAAGACUAUGCAUUAAAAGACAAUUUAUACAAAA